AUGAAUGUGCUGCUAUCGCCACAACCACCUCUCUUCCAGCACCCUCACGAAACCAACCGUAUCUCUCCCUCUCGUUCUUUGAGCCCAUUUCACAACAUGUCCACCAGCCGCAAGCGCAAGGCCGACGAAGACGGCGACGAAAUGUCUAUGUCUCCCCGAAGCUCCCCAGCCGCCUCAUCACGACAACUCCAGCGACCCUCGAAAAAGGUCCGCUCUAACGAGCUAGUCGGCCGGCCGCUCACCCUCCCCCGACUGCUGGAAACUCUUGACCCGACCGCCCUGCGAACCGUCCUCGAGCGAAUCUGUGAGCGACAUCCGGACAUCGGCCAGGAAGUGGUCAACAGCGCUCCUCGCCCGACCGUCGCCGCUGCACACGGCGUUUUGCAGGAGUAUCAGGACAAGAUGAAGGCCGCCAUCCCUUACGGCGAGACCAGCCCCGACUACACCUACUACCGCGUCAAGGCGCCCAUGACCGCCCUCAUUGAUGCUCUCCUCGACUUCACCCCUCAGUACCUGCCGCCAAACGAGACCCAGACGACCGUCUCGCUGCAAUAUAUGGAUGGCGCCACCAAGAUCAUCCACGCUCUCCCCGACUGGGAGCCCCAGCAGUACCGGCACCACAAGGAGAACGCAUACGAUGAGAUCUCCAAGGCCUGGGCCCUGGUCAUCAACGAGGCGGCCAAGCGCGGGGGCGGCCUGAGCCUCCACACGGGAGGGUGGGACCAGACCCUGGCGAAACACCACGAGAUCUCGGGCGGGCGCAUGGGCACGGCGAUGAACGCGAUGGCCACGAGCGUCAGCUGGAUGGCACACGGCGGCUCCUCAAACGGACAGCAGCCCGGAAACCCAUCCUCGGAUCAGAACUCAAUUCUCAACCAGCUCAUGUCUGGCACCUACGGUGCGCCCGUGCGUGUUGGGCCUUGGUAG